UUUCUGGAUCCACAGCCACGCGCCGUGCUCCGGGUCAGCUACAAGGGGAGCAUCUGUACCGCAACGCGCGCGCGUCCAGCCGGCCCCGGCGCGAGCACCCCGCCGGCCCCGCCGCGCGCCCCGCGGGGCCCGCCGCCGCCCGCCGCGCCGCCGCCCCACGCCCGCCCGCCGCCACCGCCCGCGCCCGUCGCCGCCGCCGCCCCGCCGGCGCCCCGCGCGGCCGCCGCGCCGCCGCCGCACAGCGCCCCCUCGCCCCGGCCCGCGCAGCCGGGCCCGGCAGCGGCCGGCCCCUGCCGCCCGCCGCCUGCGCACCGCUCCCCGGCGGGCGCCCCCGGCCGGCCCGCGCCGCGCCCCCCCGCCGCUCGCGCCCGGGAGCCGCCGCCGCCGCCGCCACAGCCGCCCGCGCCACAGCAGCAGCAGCCGCCGCCGCCGCAGCCCAGCCCACCUCCAUCCACCGAGGGGGGCGCGGCGCGGGCCGGCGGCGCAGCGCGGCCCGUGAGCCUGCGGGAAGUCGUGCGCUACCUCGGGGGCAGCGGCGGCGCCGGCGGUCGCCUAACCCGCGGCCGCGUGCAGGGGCUGCUGGAGGAGGAGGCGGCGGCGCGAGGCCGCCUGGAGCGCACCCGUCUCGGAGCGCUUGCGCUGCCCCGCGGGGACAGGCCCGGACGAGCGCCGCCGGCCGCCAGCGCCCGCCAGUCUCGGAGCAAGAGAGGUGGAGAAGAGCGAGUGCUUGAAAAAGAGGAGGAAGAUGAUGAUGAUGAAGAUGAAGAUGAUGAAGAUGAUGUGUCAGAGGGCUCUGAAGUGCCCGAGAGUGACCGUCCUGCAGGUGCCCAGCACCACCAGCUUAACGGCGAGCGGGGACCUCAGAGUGCCAAGGAGAGGGUUAAGGAGUGGACGCCCUGCGGACCGCACCAGGGCCAGGAUGAAGGGCGGGGGCCAGCCCCGGGCAGCGGCACCCGCCAGGUGUUCUCCAUGGCAGGCAUGAACAAGGAGGGGGGAACAGCUUCUGUUGCCACCGGGCCAGACUCUCCGUCCCCCGUGCCUUUGCCCCCAGGCAAACCAGCCCUACCUGGGGCCGACGGGACCCCCUUUGGCUGUCCUCCCGGGCGCAAAGAGAAGCCGUCUGAUCCCGUGGAAUGGACGGUGAUGGAUGUUGUGGAAUAUUUUACCGAGGCUGGCUUCCCGGAGCAGGCGACAGCUUUCCAAGAACAGGAAAUUGAUGGCAAAUCUUUGCUGCUUAUGCAGCGUACAGAUGUGCUCACCGGCCUGUCCAUCCGCCUCGGGCCAGCCCUGAAAAUCUACGAGCACCACAUCAAGGUGCUUCAGCAAGGCCACUUUGAGGAUGAUGACCCCGAUGGCUUCUUAGGCUGAGCGCCCAGCCUCACCCCUGCCCCAACCCAUUCCGGCCCCCAUCUCACCCAAGACCCCCCAGAGUCCAGGAGCUGGACGGGGACACCCUCAGCCCUCAUAACAGAUUCCAAGGAGGAGGGCACUCUCUUGUCCUCAUCUCUGCCCCUUGUGUCUCUCUCUCUCUCUCUCACACAUCUGCCCCUCAGCACGUCGGUGUGGGGAGGGAAUUGCUCCUUAAACCCCAGGUGGCUGACCCUCCCCACCCAGCCCAGGACAUUUUAGGAAAAAAAAAAUGAAAUGUGGGGGGCUUCUCAUCUCCCCAAGAUCCUCUUCCGUUCAGCCAGAUGUUUCCUGUAUAAAUGUUUGGAUCUGCCUGUUUAUUUUGGUGGGUGGUCUGUCCUCCCUCCCCUACCACCCAUGCCCCCCUUCUCAGUCUGCCCCUGGCUUCCAGCCCCUAGGGGACUAGCUGGGUUGGGGUUCCUCGGGCCUUUCCUCUCCUGCCUCUUUUCUUUCUGUUGAUUGUCGCUCGAGCUGGCUGUAUUGCUUUUUAAUAUUGCACCGAAGGUUUUUUAAAUAAAAUUUUAAAAAAAGGAAAAGGG